AUGAAUUUUAAUAUUCUUAAAUAUUUAUCUAUUCUAUCUAUCUAUCUAUCUAUGUAUUCAAAAAUCUAUUUUAUCUAUCUAUACAAUUUAUGUUUACGACAAGGAGACGUUCGAGACUGCUCCCUCUCUCUCUCUCUCUCUCUCUCUAUCUAUCUAUCUAUCUAUCUUAGGAUAUUUCUAUUUAUCUGUCUCUUAAAAAUAAAGGAUAAUUUUUCUUUGUCUUUUUUUUUGAAAAUUCUAUCUAUCUAUCUAUCUAUCUAUCUAUCUAUCUAUCUAUCUAUCUAUCCAUCCCAUCUAUCUAUGAUACCUUUUCUUUCUUUCCUUUUUUUUCUUUCUUUAAAAAGAUUUUUUUCUAUCUAUUCUUUUUAUCUAUCUAUCUAUCUAUCUAUUUAUCUAUCUAUCUAUCUAUCUAUCAACUGUUUGGAAUUUAUUUCUCUAUCUCAAAACAAUUCAUAUUCAUUCUUUUCCUUUCUAUCUAUUAUCUAUCUAUCUAUUUUCUUUAUUUUUAAGUUAAUUAUCUAUUCAUUUUUUAAGAUUCUUCAUAUUUAUCUUUCUAUCUAUCUAUCUAUCUUUUUUCUAAGAAAAGAUACUGAAAAUUUAUGGAAAGGGUUAAUUUUAAAAACAUAUGUCUUUUUUGAUAUGGUUUUUUUUCUUUUUUUUUGUCUUUUUCCGAUCUUUUCCUUCUUUCUUUUUUUUCUCUCUUUUCUGCUAUUUUUGUUUCUUUUUCAAUCUUUUUCCUUCUUUUUUUUCUCUCUUUUCGGUUUUUAUCUCUUUCUUUUUCAAUAUUUUUCCUUCUUUUUUUUCUAUCUCUUUUCUGUUAUUAUUUCUUUCUUUUUCAAUAUUUUUCCUUCUUUCUUUCCUCUCUUUUCUGUUUUUAUUUCUUUCUUUUUCAAUAUUUUCCUUCUUUUUUUCCUCUCUUUUCUAUUUUUAUUUCUUUCUUUUUCAAAUUUUUUCCUUCUUUUUUUCCUCUCUUUUCUAUUUUUAUUUCUUUCUUUUUCAAUAUUUUUCCUUCUUUUUUUCCUCUGUUUUCUGUUUUUAUCUCUUUCUUUUUCAAUAUUUUUCCUUCUUUCUUUUUUCUCUCUUCUGUUUUUCUUUCUUUUUUUUAAUAUUUUUCCUUCUUUUUUUCUUCUCUCUUUUCUGUUUUUAUCUCUUUCUUUUUCAAUAUUUUUCCUUCUUUCUUUUUUCUCUCUUUUCUGUUUGUAUCUCUUUCUUUUUCAAUAUUUUUUCUUCUUUCUUUUUUCUCUCUUUUCUGUUUUUAUUUCUUUCUUUUUCAAUAUUUUUCCUUCUUUUUUUCUUCUCUCUUUUCUGUUCUUUUUUCAUUUUUCAAAACUUCUUUUUUAUUUCUUUCUUCAAUCCUUUUUUUUAUCUUUUCUUUCUUUUUUCCAUCUUUCCUAUUUUUAUUUUUUUUUGUUCCAUUAUUUUUUAUGCUUUUCAUUCAUUCUUUUUCUUUUUCUUUUUCAAUCCUUUUUCAUUUGUCUUUCUUUUUUUUUCCUCCACUCUUUUAUUUCUUUCUUUCUUUCUUUCUUUCUCCAAUCCUGUUUUGAUCUUUUCUUUCUUUCUUUCUUUCUUUCUUUCUUUCUUUCUUUCUUUCUUUCUUUCUUUCUUUUACAAUCCUUUUUUGAUAUUCUUUCUUUCUUUCUUUCUUUCUUUCUUUCUUUCUUUCUUUCUUUCUUUCUUUUACAAUCCUUUUUUGAUAUUCUUUCUUUCUUUCUUUCUUUCUUUCUGCCUUUCUUUCUUUCUUUCUUUCUUUCUUUCUUUCUUUUACAAUCCUUUUUUUUAUAUUCUUUCUUUCUUUCUUUCUUUUACAAUCCUUUUUUGAUAUUCUUUCUUUCUUUCUUUUUCUUUCUUUCUUUCUGCUUUUCUUUCUUUCUUUCUUUCUUUCUUUCUGCCUUUCUUUCUUUUACAAUCCUUUUUUUGAUAUUCUUUCUUUCUUUCUUUUUUCUUUCUUUCUUUUUUCUUUCUUUUACAAUCCUUUUUUGA